AUGGUACCAUUUCCUCCAGAAAUAGGGGUUCUUGCAACUGGCUCAGAGAGCUAUGCUCCCCCAGCAGACCCUCCCCUCACCCUGGCCCACCUGGUAUCAGCUGGGCUCCCUGGCUUCCUGCUGCUGCUUGAAGGAAACACGUUGCAAGCUUUGACCCAGGAGCCUUUGUUCAAAAGACCACACGCCGUCUGUGAUGCCCUGUCCUUGGGAGCAGGCAAUCUCCUCAGCCUGCCCUUCCCCAAGAAGCUGUGGAAGAUUGUCAACAGCAAUCAGUUUGCAUUAGUUUGGUGGGACAAUGGGAUUUGCAUAGGCAUCAACAAGAAACUGUAGAAGGAGAUUUUGCAGAGGCCUGGCCUGAACAAAGUGAUUGAAACAGACUGUAUGAAGAAAUUCAUCCUCCAGCUCAACCUCUAUUGAUUCAGCAGAAUUUACCAGGAUUUACAGUUCUACAGCAGUCCCUUGCUUAAGAGAGACUGCCCUCACUUUGUGAGGAUGAAGAGGAGAGUGGGCAUUAAAUCUGCAUUAAGGCAGGCAGAGAGCAGGCCUGAAGCCCUGGGAAUUCCCCCAGCACCUGUAGCCACCAAGCCACCAGAGGAACUCCCCAUCUCUCAUGAGGACAGGAUGGAGCCAGCAAGCAGCCUAGAGUUUGACAGCCCUACUGCCCCUGGUCAAGA